CUUAUAUCUCAAGAUGACCGUUACAAUCAUCCGGAAUUCAAAUCUAACAGAAACAUUAAACACACAACAAAGAAUAAACUCCACACCAUUAGUGAUCAGAGAAUAGAGAUGAGAGAGAAAGAGCAAUCUCAUAAAGCAGACAUGGAAGAAGAAACAACAUUACAGAAACUCAGAUCAAAAGCCACAGAAUUUCUUCUAAGAGAAGAUUGGAAUGAAUCAAUUAAAACUUACUCUCAAUUCAUCUCUCUUUGCCAACAACAAAUCUUUAAUACCAAUCAAAAAUCUGACCUCUUAAAGCUCCAGAAAUCCCUCUGUUUAUCCCUCUCGAAUCGAGCCGAAGCUCGAUUCCGAUCAAGGGAUCUUGAGGAAGCACUCAAGGAUUGUGAGGAAGCUCUUCAAAUUGACAAUACCCAUUUCAAAACAAUGGUUUGUAAAGGUAAAAUCUUGCUUAAUCUCAAUAGAUAUUCUUUGGCUUUGGAUUGUUUUAAGAAGGGUUUACUUCUUGAGUCACAUUGUAAUAAUGGGAAUUUAGAGAUGUUAAAUGGGUUCAUUGAGAAAUGCAAAAAGCUUGAUUAUUUGUCAAGAACUGGUAAUUUUGAUGUUUCUAAUUGGGUUACAAGUGGGUUAUCUGGGAUAUGUCCUGAACUUGGUGAAUUUGUGGGUAAUGUUGAGAUUAGAAGAUCUAAAAUUAGUGGUAGAGGUUUGUUUUCCACUAAGAAUAUUGAUGUUGGAGGUUUGAUUUUGGUUACUAAAGCAGUUGCUACUGAAAGAUGCAUAUUACCUAAAUCUAGUAAUGGUAGUUUGGGUGAAAAUGCACAAUUGGUUAUGUGGAAGAAUUUUAUUGAUAAAGUUAAUGAAUCUACCUCAAAAUGUCUCAAAUUUUGUCAUUUGAUUACUAAGUUGUCAAUUGGUGAAAAUGAGGAAGAUCUUGACAUCCCUGAUAUUAGUCUCUUCAAGCCUGAAACUAAAGCAGGAUUUUUCCCAAAUGAGAAGCUUGAUGUGGAUGUUGAUAAGAUUUUGAGUAUACUAGAUGUGAAUUCACUUGUUGAAGAUGCAGUUUCUGCCAAAGUUGUUGGGAAAAACAGUGAUUAUUAUGGUGUGGGCUUAUGGUUGCUCCCUUCUUUUAUAAACCAUUCUUGUAUUCCGAAUGUAAGGCGGUUGCAUAUAGGUGAUUAUGUGCUUGUUCUUGCUUCUAGGGAAGUGAAGGCAGGGGAAGAGGUCACAUUUGCUUACUAUGAUGUUCUUUCUCCAUUGAGCAAACGGAAAGAAAUGGCGAAAACAUGGGGUUUUAAAUGUGAGUGUAAGAGGUGCAAAUAUGAAGAAGAAAUGCAAUCUAAGCCAGAGAUGGGUGACAUCGAAAGAGGGCUCGAAAGAGGAGUGGAUGUUGGUUGUGCCAUAUUUCGGUUGGAGGAAUGUAUGAGGAGAUGGGUGGUGAGAGGAAAGGAGAAAGGUUACUUUAGAGCAUCAUUUUGGAAGGCUAUUUCGGAGGCGUAUGAAUCGGACAAGAUCAUAAGGAGAUGGGGGAGGAAGAUGCCUGCAUUGGAGCCUAUUGUUGAUAGCUUAAUGGAAGCAAUUGGGAGUGAUGAAAGAGUUCUUAAGGUGCUUAUAAGGAAAUUGAAGAAAAGUGGUUGUGGAUUUGGAGAAACGGAAAGGGCAAUCAAGUUAGGAAGAGGUGUUUAUGGGAAGGUUGUGAAGAAACAAGCAUUGAGGAUUCUACUUGAGCUUGGAGUUCAUGAAUAAUAGUAGUGCUACUAGCUUAGUAGCAUGCUUUGUUUUCUUAGUUCAACAACAUUCUUAUGCUCUAAUUAUUCUUAAUUCUUAAAUGAAUUAGUAGAGAAAAAUUAGCUAGUUGUUUUAACUCCUUUUAAGUUUCAACUUUAAGAGAUGAUUGCUUAGAAUUUAUGUCUUGUACAAGUUGUUGGUAGCAAGACAAUCAUGUUUGUCAAGGGUCCUUGUAACUUCUGCAUAAUUAGAUUGCUAAUACAACCAAAGACAAAUUGAUACA